AUGCCAAAUCCGGGUCAAACACUUCGGCUCUCACCGCUCGUGCAAACUUCUUCAGUGUUUGCAUCACAAGCAAGACUUGCUACGACACUGUUGCGCAAACCCGAUGAACCAGAGGAACCCGAAGUGUAUCGCGACGGCGAACCCACCAUUAUCGCCACCGACCGUGCCAUCGCUCAGCUUCAAAAAGUGGCAGAGCGAGAGAACAAUCCGUCUCUAGCACUUCGAGUCGCCGUCGAACCGGGAGGAUGCCAUGGCUAUCAGUACAAGAUGGAGAUCACCGAAGAGGUUGAAGAGGACGACUUCCAAUUCGAGGUACACCCUGGUGUCUCCAUUUUGGUCGACAGCAUCAGUCUAGCCCUUGUGCGAGGCAGCACUAUCGACUAUGUCACCGAGCUCAUCGGCUCUCAAUUUGCAAUCAAGGAUAAUCCGCAGGCUAAGGGCGCAGGAUGCGGCUGCGGUGUCAGUUGGGAACCUGUCAUUUGA